AUGUCAGCACUGUUUCGAUCGUAUUCGCGAUACAACAAAAAUCGCAUUGGCGAGAAGCACCGAGUGCUUGUUUGCGAGCUUGCAACUGAUCGUCAGCAUUACGUUGGACACAACAAAUGCUACGAGCAUUUUCUGAUCCCAUCGCAGAAAUGUCUGCUGGGAAGCUGGGUUCACGUGCGUAUUGUCGAUGUCUCGAAAUUCUACAUGAAAGCUACACUGCUCAACUAUGAUAGCUGUGUAUUUCUGGACAGCGCGUUGUCACGUAUCCAAGAUUUUACCUCCAAUUUUUGGCUCACUGCCCUGAGCACCCUCGUUUCUCUUUUCGUUUUUUGGUUUUUCAUGUUGUAG